ACUUACUCGCACACAUGCAAAGAUACGCACGCACACACACGGUCACGUACUUACACGGACUCUGUGCUUCCCGAGCGGCGCGUAUAACGCGUAUAGUUAUGGUAUUAGUUCGCGUUCAGCCGAACAGCCGUGCGGUAGUGUGCGCCUCGUUUUCGCCGUUGCCGCCGCCGCCGCCGCGGUCGUCCAAGUCGAAUCGGAAGCCGACUUCCGCACAGGACCACGAUCGCGACCGUAUUAAUUACCGCGUGCGACCGAAAUUCCAGACGGUCUAUCGUAGUACGGGACAUCUGCAGCUUUUGUACAAUAUCACAAAUAACUUAGCUGCGGUUUCGUAGUGCCUAUUGUUGUGCGCACAGCAUGUCCGUUCGUUGGACCGCGGCACUCCGGUAAUUUCUAUUCUAUUUUUUUUUUUUUUCCCCCCCCAGUAAACCCGAUAACGUGACAAACCCCGACACGUUAUAAACUGUAUGCGUACGACACGGUAAUAUGCGUGCGAUUUGUUUCACGUUGUACAUCGAUAAAGUUCAAUAAUAGCGAAAACAGUCAUUAUAUUGAUAAUCGUACGAUGCCGGCCGUUCGCUGCCACGGUCGUGGUGUCCACUGCUAUCCCGUGGUAGCUGUAGACCUAACUACGGUAACAAGAUCAGUAUCUAUAAGCGGAAGAGUUAUAGUUAUAGUAGGUGGAGGAGAAGGAGGAGGAGGAGCAGUAUGUGACGGCGUGCUUUGCUCUGCGACCGAUUUCAGCCCGAUCGCCGGGUGAUUUACGUAUACACUUACGGUUUGACUGAUUACAGACACACGCUAAAAUCGUCAUUGGUAUCCAAAAUCGAGUGUUGACUGCUCAUCAUCACAAAGAGACCAUCCAGAUUUGAAAACGCAAACGGGUCAUGAGUUUUAUUUGGUGGAAGGACUUUCGGAGAAAGAGACCUCCGACGGGCCAGCAAACGUGGAGGAAAUUUGACUAUUGGCGACAGACUACCGUCGACAACAUAGUCUACCAACGGGUGAGGUCCUCAGUGACCACCUAGACAGUAUCACCAUCCUCUCCCUUUUCCUACGCUAUCGACAGCCAUAGCAUUUAUAUACCUACUUUUUUUGUUUGGUUGGAUUAAUCCACUGCCACUGGUGCCAAAAUGGAAUCACUAGACGUGGCUGAAAACUUAUCCAGCCUGUCGGGCAUGGUAUUCAAAAUCGACCAGAACGAGUAUGGGCUCCUGAUGGACCAGAAUGGCACAGGUUACCUAAACGAUACCAAUGUCACGAUGGACCCAAAUCGAACGUAUUACAUUUUCGAAUCUGUUUACCCGUCAACGUACUCAAUACCGGAAAUAGUUAUCGCUUCAGUCGUUGUUAUCAUGCUCAUGAUCGUUGUUGUUGUGGGUAAUAUGUUGGUCAUCAUUGCCAUCGUGACAGAAAAAGCACUGAAAAACGUGCAAAACUGGUUCAUCGCCAGCCUGGCCGUGGCUGACUUCUUCCUGGGCAUAAUCGUCAUGCCAUUCUCAUUGGCUAACGAAUUAAUGGGCUAUUGGAUAUUUGGCGACUGGUGGUGUGACAUACACGCCGCACUCGACGUGCUUCUAUGCACCGCGUCUAUCAUGAACUUGUGUUUGAUAGCCCUAGAUAGGUACUGGUCCAUAACGCAGGCCGUCGACUAUUUGAAGAAACGGACACCAGCCCGAGCAAUGGUCAUGAUCGGUUUUGUAUGGAUAUUUAGUGGCGUCAUUUGCAUACCACCUUUGCUUGGUUGGAAAGUCAAGAGGGUGCCUGAACGAUAUCCAAAAUGUGAGCUGAGCGAGGACUUGGGAUACCGGAUAUACUCGGCACUCGGUUCGUUCUACAUACCGUCGUGCAUCAUGGUGUUCGUUUACAUCCGGAUAUACUUCGCGGCCAAAGCGCGGGCGCGGCGGGGCAUCCGGAAACCGCCGUCGAAACCGAAAAAGGGGGCGGCCAAGGCGGCGAAGGCGGCCGCCGCCGCGGCCGCGGCCGCGCAGAGCCCGUCCACCGUGUCGCAGACGACCAGCUUCAUCACGCGGCCGUCGCCGGCCAGCGUGCCGCUGACCGCGUUCCGGUCGCCGCCCGCCACGCCGGUCAACACCACGCUGCCGGUGAUCGCAUGCGACUACGCCAGCGACGCGAGCACCAGCGACGUGAGCAAGGACGGCGACAAGGACACGCUGAAGGUGUUCACCACGCAGGGCAGCCGCCGGCUGACGGUCAACGGCGACCUGGCCGGCGGCGGCGGCCGGUGCCGGGCGUCCAGCGUGGCCGUGGACACGGACAUGGUCAGCGAACUGGAACCGUCGUCGUCGGACUCGGGCAACGUGCAAAAGUGCGGGGCCGUCAAGCCGGUCAAGUCGCGGCUGUGCAAGCCCAUAUUCGGCGUCGGCCGCAAGUCGGCCAAGGCGGCGUCGGCCAAGGCCAAACGGGACAUACUGGACACGGGCAAGGUGUCCAUGGCGUGCCGCGGCGGCGUCGAUCACCAUCAGUACGGGUCCGGUGCCGCGAACGCGGGCGGCCCGGCCGUAGACCCGGCGGCGCCGUGCCAGCCGCGGCCCAAACCGCGUGACCCGGAGCGCGAGAAGCGGCGCAUCGCCCGGAAGAAGGAGAAGCGCGCCACGCUCAUACUCGGCCUCAUCAUGGGCUCGUUCAUCGCGUGCUGGCUUCCGUUCUUCUUCAUGUACAUACUGAAGCCGCUGUGUCCGGUGUGCUACAUACCGCCGCAGGCUUUCGCCAUCGCGUUCUGGCUGGGCUACAUGAACUCGGCCAUCAAUCCGGUCAUAUACACGAUAUUCAACAAGGACUUCCGGCGCAGCUUCCGGCGCGUGCUGUUCAAAUGAUGAAACCGUCGUCGUCGCGCACCACUCGUCGUACGACUGGCGGCCCGCCCGGUGGUCAUCCUAUUCGACACGACGUCUCGACGUGUCGUCUCUUCUUCUUAUAUCUACUCGUUCUUUGUAUCCUUCGUAUUCUCGUUCUCGUUUCUCUCGUAAUCGACAUCAUCAUUAAUUAUUAUUAUUAUUAUUAUUAUUAUUAUUAUUACCUACGCGUACUAUUAUAAUAUUGUUGUUAUUACUGUUAUCAUCGUUAUUAUUAUUUAUCAUUGUAUUAUACUAUUAUAUAGGUACGUGAAAUACGGUCGAAUAUCUGCAGAAAACUGAUUUUUUCACACACCAUCCCCCCCCCCUAAGCGCCCAUAGACACGUACGGGGUGUGAACGAACACUGUUCAAAUACAAAAAGUGAAUUGUGCAUCCGUCAUGAUAAAACCAUGACUUGCGAUCAAACAUAUGAAUAAUGAAUCAGUAAACUUUUCUCAAUUCCGCAGCGGAAUUCAACAAAUUAUUACAUUAAAAAAAUAUUUAUGUAUAUUUUUUUUUUUUUUUUUUAAUACCUUUACAACUACUACACUCGACAUUUCAACACCAACCGCAGGCAGGCAGAUUGCGCAACUAAUUCUAAAUGAACACUGCACAUACUCACUAAUGUACACACACGUGUUAUAGUUAUGCGUGUAAAACGUAGUCGGUAUUCGACGUUGGUAUUAUAAAGUAAUAUGUGGAGUAAUCGAAAAAGCCAUUCCAUGUAAAAAUUGGGUUCUUGGAUUACGAGUUACGACGAAAAAUCUACAAAAUAAAAUCGUCAAUAAAAUGCACGUGUAUUUAAACUUUUUUUUAAUUUUCCAUUUUAACAAAACAAUAUUAAUAUAAACCGCUUAACUAAAAACCAAAUAUAAUUUUAUAAUGUUUAUAACAUUAACAUAUAUUUUGAAUUUUAUCUAGUAUUACAAAAAAACUACAAUUUAACUAAUAACAAAAAUCUAUAACAUCGUGCACUAACAUAGAUGAAGAUUAAAUGCAUGUAUAAAAAAGUAUUAUUUUGAAUAAAACAUUAUGAAUUGAGUUCAAAUAGUAUAAGCUUAUUAAAAAUUAACAAAUAGGUAAUAAUAAUUUUAAUACAAGUUAUAAAUUUGAGCUAAAAAAGUUUUGUUCUAAAUCUAAUAAUAUAACAAUUUAACUAAUAGUUCAAAAUUCAAUUUUUUACUCCUGAAUUUAUUAAAAUAUAAUUAAUUGUAUAUCCGAUAAAAAUAUAUUUAGCAAAUAUUUAUUUAUGUUCAAUGUUUGCCUACUUAAAUUCCACAUUACAACAUUGAGUGUAUUAUUUAGCACAAAUUCCAUUUAUAGAAAUUUAAAAAUGUUUGUUAUAGUUUAUUUAAAUAGGUACCGUAAUACAAAAUUCUAAUAAAUAUUAUCAAAUAACAGUAACCUAUUCUAUUAUAUAAAAUGAUAUUUCCGCAUAGUCCAACAAAAUAGCAAGUAGCGACAUAAUAUUUCAAAACUAAAUAUAAUACAAAAUAAGUAUUUCAAAAUAUUGUUAAAUUAUAUUCAUAUUUUUUUUUUUCAAAGUUCUAAAUAUUGAAAUUAUAAAGAUAGUUUCAGUAUGAACACAUAUUAAGAAUUUAUUUUAAUACAGGAUAUUAAUGAAAAACCCCCAGUGCACUUAGAUAAAUUGCAUGUUUUUAUAGGCUAUAAUAAACACGGUUUUAUUUUUGAAAAUUCUCAGAAUUCCGUUUUCUAAUAAUACAUUACACAAAAAUAAUAACAUAUACAAUCGCAGUGUACAAAUAAAAUGAACAUAUUAUAAUUAAAUAAUGUUUAUAAUAAACGUUGAAAUUGUUUUAAGGCAUAUAAUGUGAGAUUUAAAUAAAUUAUUUAUUAAUAUUCACCAAGUACCUAAAUAUUUGAUUGAUACGUGUAAAACAUAUUAUAAAUACUUCAAUUUAUUAAAUACUAAAUUUAAAAUUUAAAUUAAUCCCGAAUACUUUAUUACAAAUUAUUGAAUUAUCGAAUUAUAUAGUUUAACCAUAAAUAAAUUCAUUUUUCUAAUUAGGUAACUUAAACAUAAUAUAUUAUAUUUAAAUUAAAAUCAAAUUGACUAGUCCAUUUUUAGUUCAAAACUACUUACUUCGAAGUGUUUAAUAUUGCAUUUUUAAAUUUAUAUUUUAUAAUUUUAUUAUAAGUCUAUUGUUUUUAGCUUAUAACAAUCCAUAUUUUUUUAUUUUAAUAAUUUAAUUUUGUUCAUAUAAAACACGGACAAUCAAAAAAGAAUUUCAAACUCAUCCUGACUGAUGUUGAUCAAUUAUAAACGUGUUACGAUUAACAGAAAUAUGAUAAAUUAUUAACAUCGUUAAAUAACAUUUUUAUUAAAAGAUUACUUGUAUACACAUAUACCAAGUAACAAUGUGGAACAUGACGUGUAGAAAAAUAUGUUUAUUUGACAAUUUAAAUGUGUACAUAUUAUACGUGCAUUAUGCAUGUUAUCCGACCAGUUAUACCUCAGUUGUUUAUUUGCUUCAGUUUUAUAAUAUCCUAGUGAAAUAAAAAUGGUUGAAUAAUAUGGUUAACACUUAUUCAUGCGAAACACGUCACUAUAUAUCUCUCGUGUUGGUUUAUUUGUAUAAAGAAAAAGCAAUAAUAAUAACAACUCAAAUAGAAAUCAUAUUAUGUUUCUUUAUUUUGUUUUGAAUUUUGCACACAAUUUCUAUAUGAAAUAAUACACCAAUAAUAACGAUAGUAAAUUCAUUUUAAAAAUAUUUUGCAUUUUUCUGGUAUUGAAAAUUAAUUUUCCAAAAACCAUGGGAUAGGUAGCCGAUUUGUUUACCUUCAUUUCACACUGUACAGGUACAUCCUUAGAGACACAAAAAUAACGGGUUAUUCUGGUUAUGUGAAAUAUCCAUGUUCCCGAUCACGUAUCCCAUCACAAUGUUUACAUCCAUUGAAUGUUAGUUUUUCAGUGUAACCUUUAUUUACUUACGCAAAUGCCAAAAAUAACAGAAAUAUAUUUCAUACAUCCCACUAAGUGAAUAAUUUUAAAUGUCAAUAUUAUUUUUAAACGUGUUAUUGUGAUUGAAUUUAUUAUAAUUUAUAAUUAUUAUUGUUAUGAAAUAAAGUAUACAGAAAAAAAAGAGAAGUCAAGAGAAUUGACUAAAAGAAUGAUUAAAAAUUAAUAUUGGAAAUUCACAUAAAUAUUAUAUUAUAUUUGGUAAAUUUUAUUAAAAUAAAUAACAAAACCUUAAUAUGGAGUGGUCAAAUACAGGUGAUUAUUUUAGGACUAGAUUAAGUAUUUUUGUUUAUAGUGUGUCUAGAAUAUCUUCAUUAUCAAUACCUAGGCAUGGAAUAAAUUUCAUUUUUGAAAUUAUUACAUGUAUGAUAAUUAUAAAAUAAUUCAUUUUCUUAAUAUUUUCACGCAUAGGUAUGAAUAAAAUAACUACAAUAUUAACCUAUUAACUAAUAAUUCAAAUUAUUAAAAAAAUAUUUAUGAGAGUUAAGAAUAUAUAAUAAUACGAUUCUUACAUAUUUUUAUUUUAUAAUUCUAUUUUCUAUACCUAAGUUAUUAAUUGUUAAAAAUAAAUAUUUUUUUUUUUAUUAUUAUCUAAAUAUUCGAAAUAUAAAUGAAAAUAUCUAUCGGUUAAAAUUCGAAAUAUGAACAGCUAUAAAGUCUUUUAAUAUUUUAUGAGACUAACCGAAUCCAUUUAAUGUAUUAUAUUUGCCAAAAUAAUCACUUGUUAUUUUAUUUAUAAACAUUUUUAUAAGGAAACAAAAAUCAUAUUAAUGUUAUGUUCAAAGUAAAUAGUGCCAAUUCACAAAAAGUAAAAUAAAUGAAUAUGGGCAGGUACCUAAAACGUUUUACACGCAUAGUAGCAGAGUAUAAUCUAUUAUUACUCAAAGAAGUGUAUGGUUUGGUGUGAAAAUUUCUUCUGUGGUUUUUGUUUGUUUUUGUUUUCCAGUAUAAUAUUAUUACAUGCAUGUAGAUAAAGUUAAGCGCAAGUUUGAUUGCAUCCCAUUAAUUAAAAUAUUCAUAAUAAUGUUUAAUUUUAUGUAUAAAAUACGUGCUUCAAAUUUGAGAACAAAAUAUAAUUGUAUGUAUAAUUUUUGUGUUAAAAUAAAUUUAAAAAACGAUUCGAACUCUAUAUUAUUCCGUUCGCUUUAUUGUGGGUCCAAAAACACAAAGAGGACAUUAACGCUUGAGCCUCAAAUGAUUGUUAUAUAUACAUAUAUAUAUAUGUAUAUAUAUAUUUAAACAAAGUUAUUAUAUAUAUAUAUAUAUAUAUGUAUACAUACUGGAUUAAAUACUAAUAUAUUGUCCUAAUAUUAUAAAAAAAAAAUUGUUAACAAAAUAGCUACAAAAUAUUCUAAGCAUACAAAAUAUUAGGUAGUUGAUAUUUUAUUUUUCAAUUUUACUCAAUUAACAUUAAGUCCAUUGUAUAUAAUUUAUUAAGGCUUAUGACAUUAAGAAAAAACAAAAUAAUAUUGAGAAAAUACAUUUCUAUAUUUUAUCGCUAGUAUUUUGUACGAAUUAUAUUCUAAAUUAGACUUUUUUAAUUUAUUAUAUCUUUACGAAUACUACUGAUGGAUAUAGUAGAAACAAUAAUACCUGCCCUAAUAGCAGUUAGUGUAAGUACUUAUAGUAAAAUUCUAUGUACAUAUACAAACAUAUUUGAUAACUAAACAGUUUUCAAUACUUAAAACAAAUAUGUUUAUUAUGAUAUUUGAUUAUAGAACUCAAGAUUAAGAAUAAUUACAUUUAUAUUUAGUUCAUUCCAAAAUUCUAAAUUACCGAAAUCAUGAUGUACACACCUAUUAGUCUUUAAGUUCACGUUAUUUU